GAAGGACAAAGACACCCGUUUCGGUGCCAUUGUUGUUUGGUGGGGCAUCUUCACCGAUACGCUCUCUAACGGAAUCCAUCCCGGAAGUGACGUCCGACGUGUUGAGCAACGUCCUAACAUAGAGAAGCAGCGGUAGGAGCGAGUCCAGCCGAGCUCAACCGUUAAUGGAAGUACGCGAAAUCCAUCUUCAUCCGUGAGGACUGAACUGCUGCCGACAAUAAGAAUAGCAGGAGCAGAAAGUACACUCUUCAACCUUUCGAACAAGCGUCGUAUUGGCGCAAAAUGAUAUCAGCAAUAUUUUAAAAAAAGAGGCGAAAGAUUGUCAGAGCUGACUUUCACCCGGAGACAACGUACCGAAGAGCAAUUUCUUCUUUCUGAUAGUUUUUUUUGUCCGUGAGUCGGAUCAUUUUCCCACUAAGCCCUAGUUUUAGGAUUCAGCAUCAUUUGGUUAUUUUUGAGCUAGCGAGCGUGCUUGCUAGCCUGUCACAGAUUGCUUACAAUGGAGUUGAGAGUAGGAAACCGAUACAGACUGGGCAGAAAAAUUGGAAGUGGGUCGUUUGGAGACAUCUAUCUCGGCACUGAUAUCUCAGUGGGGGAAGAAGUCGCCAUCAAAUUGGAAUGUGUGAAGACCAAACACCCACAGCUCCACAUUGAGAGCAAAAUCUACAAGAUGAUGCAGGGCGGAGUGGGGAUUCCUACCAUAAAGUGGUGUGGAGCUGAGGGGGACUACAAUGUGAUGGUGAUGGAGCUGCUGGGACCCAGUCUGGAGGAUCUCUUUAACUUCUGCUCCCGCAAAUUCAGUCUGAAGACGGUGCUGCUGCUGGCGGACCAGAUGGUGAGAGACCACCUCUGCUUUGGCUUUUCCCUCCUCUUGGUGAAGGCGCAUAGUGCUCAGCGACAGCAGCCUCACUGCUCUCCAUCAGAGACAGCCGGAGCAGGAGGAGACAGGCCUCACCACGGCACCCAAUCUAGAGACGUCUGUCCCAAGCCGCUCCCCCUCCGUGGUCCACAGCCGCCUGUCCUCCCGGUACUGGCCUGGUCUCUGUCAGCUGGUCUGAGGCUCCCGGUACUGGCCUGGUCUCUGUCAGCUGGUCUGAGGCUCCCGGUACUGGCCUGGUCUCUGUCAGCUGGUCUGAGGCUCCCGGUACUGGUCUCUGUCAGCUGGUCUAAGUGGCUUAUCUGUGGUUUCCUGCUCUUCCAGAUCAGCCGCAUUGAAUACAUCCACUCCAAGAACUUCAUUCAUAGGGAUGUGAAGCCUGACAACUUCCUGAUGGGGCUUGGCAAGAAGGGCAACCUGGUCUACAUCAUCGACUUUGGUCUGGCUAAGAAAUACCGAGACGCUCGCACGCACCAGCACAUCCCCUACCGCGAGAACAAGAACCUGACCGGCACGGCCCGCUACGCCUCCAUAAACACACACCUGGGCAUCGAACAGUCCAGGCGGGAUGACCUGGAGUCUCUGGGCUACGUCCUCAUGUACUUCAACCUGGGCUCUCUGCCCUGGCAAGGCCUCAAAGCGGCCACCAAGAGGCAGAAGUAUGAGCGCAUCAGUGAGAAGAAGAUGUCCACGCCCAUCGAGGUGCUCUGCAAAGGCUACCCCUCUGAGUUUGCUACGUACCUGAACUUCUGCCGCUCUCUGCGCUUCGACGAUAAACCCGACUACUCCUACCUCCGCCAGCUCUUCAGGAACCUCUUCCACAGACAGGGCUUCUCCUACGACUAUGUGUUUGACUGGAACAUGCUCAAGUUUGGUGCUAACCGGGCCGUGGAGGAUGCGGAGCGGGAGCGGCGGGAGCGUGAGGAGAGGCUGAGGCACAGCCGCAACCCGGGAGCCAGGGGCAUGGCCUCGGCCUCAGGCAGAGCCAGGGCAGCUCAGGACAUCGCAGCCCCACUGAGCUGGCUGCUGUCCAUUAAACCCCUUUGUAUGGAGAAGGAGAGGAAGGUGAGCAUGCGUCUGCAUCGUGGAGCGCCUGUCAACAUCUCCUCCUCAGACCUGACCGGACGCCAGGACACGUCUCGUAUGUCCACCUCGCAGGGGCCCCCGGCUCUGCUCACACUGGCUCCAGAGCAAACGCCGUUUGUCCCAGGCGCUGUCCCGGGUCACCCCCAGCGGCCUCCAGUCUGCUGCCCCUCGGUGAAACCCCCCACCAGCCUGUGCACCAUGGAGGCCUGGACACGCACCACCUGCUGCACACACACUCUCUCACACACCCACUAGGAUCCACAGGACUCUCAUCUGACACACACAAGCACCAACACAGGAGUCUGGCUGCGCCUCUGUUCAGCCGGCAGAAGAAGAGAUGCACAGCCAGAAGCCAGCAGGGGUGGAGCUCACACCGUGGGCAGAGUAGCAGCCACAGCCCCCCCCUCAGUGAAGCCAUGGACUCACCCCUCCCUCCUCAGCAUGUUGCUCUUUGAGUUUGAAGCUUUGCUUCUUGUGUCAUUAAACAGUAAAUAGUUCCCAGCCGGCUGGUCGGCCUCACACAGGUCUGUACAUAUGGGCGCGUUGCGUUUGGUCAGGGGGGCGGUCAGGGCAGCGGUCAGGGCAGCGCUCCACUCUGUGUCACUUAAGAGGCUUCAAAUCCAACAGUGGGCUCUUUGUCUUAUUUUCUCUGAGCCGUGAGGCAGCAGGUAGAGGGCGGUGGCGGCCGGAGGCCCGCGCUGUGGCUCAGGUGUGCUCAGGUACGCUCAGGUGUGCUGAAGCCGUGGGCAGCACUGUCCCACUGCGCCGGGAGGCUGAGGGGAGCCUGUAGGGCCGUCCACGCCAUGCGGCCGUGUUUGAACCCAGUGCAUAGUUACGUGGCUUUGUGUGUCUUUGUGUGGUUCUGUCUUAGGGUUGUACACACUAAGGGGUAGGGGGUGGUUAUGUUAUGGUAGUCUUCUUCUUUUUAUGAGGUUUUAAGCUCCUCUGGGUUCUCCAGUUUCUAUCUGCUUCCACUCUGAAUGAUGCAAACACAGCCUUCUUUCUUUUAGGCGCCAUUUGGUUCAGCCUGUUGUUGUUUUUCGCCACAUAGGCCACAAACCGGUCAGAUUUCAGUUGAGUUUGAAGCCUCCUCUCCUUUUUACUGGGUAUGGACCAUUUCACAGCUCCUUUCUCCUUCAUGUCAGUCACCUCUCAUGCCCAUUACAGUCCAGAUGUGUAGAUGCGUCCUCAUAAGGCUCUGGUGGCUCAGCAGCCCCCUCUGGACUCCACAUGUGCAGUGGCUGGCCUUCAGGAGGACCCCCCCCUACAGGCCACGGCUUUGCUGUGGAUGAGCUGGGGUGGACUGGUUCUCAAAGAGUCCGACGCAGCCGGUCUGAGUGCGACAGCUCUGCCGGUCAUCUGUGGACCUGCUCCUGGUCAGCAGGGAGCCACGGGGCCGGCGCUGCCUGCUGACCAGCAUGGUGGAAGCGGGGGAGGUUUUUUCAGUGUCCCAGUGGGCCCCGGGCAGAUUUUCCGUAGAAGUUUGUGUGUGGUCGGCUGUGGGGAAGGCUGGGCCGUAGCUGUGAUGUGUACAUGUUGUGUAGUUGUGUAGGAGGCUCCGGCUCAGGGACUGGCCUCCUCCUUUAGAGGGUUUUAUUUCUCAUUGUUGGGUUGGGUUUUCUUCUCCUUUGUUUCUGAGCAGACUUCACCUGUGGGCUUCAAAAGCAAAGAGAUGGGUUAACUUGUGUGUCUCACUGUUUAUUCCACCUUCCACGGGGCAGUUUCUCUCAUGACUGCCUCAUUCACUCAUCUGGACGCCACGUUCCCUCGGGUGGCUUCACGGGGACUGUUCUUUUCACUCCCAAUCCAAGACUCUUGCCCCUCAUUUGUAAUGCCACUGUAUUGUGUAUUUUAAAAUUGUGUAAAUAAAUGAAUAAGUACUUGU